AUGCAAUACAAGAAAACCCUAGUCGCAUCUGCUUUAGCUGCCACCACUCUAGCUGCCUACGCUCCGAAGGACCCAUGGUCCACUUUGACUCCAUCUGCUACCUUCAAGGGUGGAAUAACUGACUACGCUUCUACUUUCGGUAUCGCUGUUGAACCAAUCGCUACUACCGCCUCCUCCAAGGCUAAGAGGGGUGCAGCUAUUUCCCAAAUCGGUGAUGGCCAAAUUCAAGCUACUACCAAGACUCAAGCUACCACUAAGACUCAAGCUCCUGCUGUCUCUCAAAUCGGUGAUGGUCAAAUUCAAGCCACCACCAAGACUCAAGCUCCUGCCGUCUCUCAAAUCGGUGAUGGUCAAAUUCAAGCCACCACCAAGACUCAAGCUCCUGCUGUCUCUCAAAUCGGUGAUGGUCAAAUUCAAGCCACCACCAAGACUCAAGCUCCUGCUGUCUCUCAAAUCGGUGAUGGCCAAAUUCAAGCUACCACCAAAACUCAAGCUCCUGCUGUCUCUCAAAUUGGUGAUGGUCAAAUUCAAGCUACCACUAAGACUCAAGCUCCUGCUGUCUCUCAAAUCGGUGAUGGUCAAAUUCAAGCUACCACUAAGACAACUGCCGCUCCUGUUUCCCAAAUCACUGACGGUCAAAUCCAAGCCACAACUUCACAUUUGACAACCGUUAUACCACAUCCAGCUCCAGCUCCAAUCACUAAUGGUACAGACCCAGUGACUGCCGAAACAUGCAAGAGCUCUGGUACUCUGGAAAUGAACUUAAACGCCGGUAUCCUAACAGAUGGUAAGGGCAGAAUCGGUUCUAUUGUUGCCAACAGACAAUUCCAAUUUGAUGGCCCACCACCACAAGCCGGUGCUCUUUACGCUGCUGGUUGGUCCAUCACUCCAGAUGGUAACUUGGCCAUUGGUAACCAAGACAUUUUCUACCAAUGUUUGUCCGGUAACUUCUACAAUCUGUACGACGAACACAUUGGGUCUCAAUGUAACGAGGUUCACUUACAAGCUAUCGAUUUAGUUGACUGUUAA